AUGGCACAAAUUAUAGACGGGAAAGAAUGUGCUCUUUCCAUCCGUAAUGAAAUUGCUUCUGAAAUAGAUUCCUUAAAACAAUCUAUGCCGGAUUUCAAACCAUCUCUGGCCAUUAUUCAAGUAGGUACGCGUCCUGAUUCUUCCACCUAUGUUCGUAUGAAAAGAAAUGCUGCUAAAGAUGCCCAAAUCAACGUCCAAUUCAUCCAUUUGGACAAGGAUGUCACUGAAUCCCAACUGUUAAAACAUGUCUCUGAAUUGAACCAGGCUGAAUCGAUCCAUGGUAUCAUCAUACAGUUGCCUUUGCCCCCACACAUCAACGAGGACAAAGUCACCUCUGCAGUUUUACCUGAAAAGGACGUAGACGGGUUUGGCCCAUUCAAUGUGGGUGAAUUGGCCAAGAGACAUGGCAAUCCAACUUUCUUGCCUUGCACUCCAAAGGGGAUCAUAGAAUUAUUAAACCGUUACAAAGUCCAGAUCGAAGGCACUCGUUCCGUUGUGGUUGGUAGAUCAGACAUCGUUGGGUCUCCAGUGGCCGCUUUAUUAACCCACUUGAAUUCCACUGUCACCUUGGUCCAUUCAAAGACUCCAAACAUUGAAACCUACUUCAAGGAUGCUGACAUCGUGGUCGUGGCAAUAGGUCAACCUGAAUUCAUCAAAGGUGAAUGGUUCAAAGACAAUAAAAGAGGCUGCACCGUAGUUGAUGUAGGUACAAACUACGUAGAGGAUGCUACUAAGAAAUCUGGUUUUAGGUGCGUUGGUGACGUUGAAUUCGAGGUCGCUAAACAAUAUGUCAAACUGAUUACUCCAGUCCCAGGUGGUGUGGGUCCAAUGACCGUGGCCAUGUUAAUGCAAAAUACUUUGAUCGCUGCAAAGAGAUACUACAGUGACAUUUAUGAUAUAGGCCUUGAUAGUGCAAACAGUAACAAACCCUUAUAUGCAAAUGAGCCAUUGAAGUUAUUGAAACCUGUUCCAUCAGAUUUCGAAAUCUCCAGAGCUAGAAUACCAAAAGAGAUCACUCAAAUCGCCAAAGAAUCAGGUAUUCACGACUCGGAAUUCGAACCUUACGGUUCUGUAAAAGGUAAAGUUGAUUUAAAGAUUCUUGAUCGUUUAAAGGAUAGAGAAAACGGUAAAUAUAUCUUAGUGACAGGUAUCACUCCAACACCACUUGGUGAAGGUAAAUCUACUACCACCAUUGGAUUAGCUCAGGCUCUUGGGGCCCAUCUAAAUAAAACAGUCUUUGCUAACGUGCGUCAACCUUCCAUGGGUCCAACCUUUGGUAUUAAAGGUGGUGCUGCAGGUGGUGGUUAUUCUCAAGUUAUUCCAAUGGAUGAAUUCAAUUUACAUGUCACUGGUGAUAUCCACGCUAUCUCCAUGGCAAACAACUUGCUGGCUGCUGCCAUUGACACCAGAAUGUUCCAUGAAUCAACACAAAAGGAUGGUCCACUAUAUAAAAGAUUGGUUCCAACAAAGAAAGGUCAAAGAAAAUUCACUAAAUCCAUGAUAAGAAGAUUAUCUAAAUUGGGUAUCAAUAAGACCAAUCCAGAUGAUUUAACAGAAGAUGAGAUUCACAGAUUUGCUCGUUUGAAUAUUGACCCAGAUUCUAUCAGUUGGAGACGUGUUGUUGACUGUAACGACAGAUUUUUACGUGGUAUUACCGUUGGUGAAGCCCCUACUGAACGUGGUUUCACAAGAAAGACUGGAUUUGACAUAUCUGUUGCUUCUGAGUGUAUGGCAAUUUUGGCUCUUUGUAACUCCUUAGAAGAUUUAAGAGAAAGAUUAGGUAGAAUUGUUAUUGGUACCAAUAAAGAAACUGGUGAACCUGUUACUUGUGAAGAUAUCGGCUGUGCUGGUGCCAUGACUGCGUUAUUAAAGGAUGCCAUCAAACCAAACAUUAUGCAAACUUUGGAAGGUACUCCUGUCUUCGUUCAUGCAGGUCCAUUUGCCAAUAUCUCCAUUGGCGCAAGCUCAGUGUUAGCCGAUAAGAUUGCUUUGAAAUUAGCAGGUGUAAAUCCAAAAUGGACUCCAGAAAUGAAAGCCAACAAAGUUGGUUAUGUCAUCACUGAAGCAGGUUUUGAUUUCACUAUGGGUGGUGAAAGAUUUAUCAACAUCAAAUGCCGUUCCUCCGGUUUAACUCCAGAUGUUGUCGUUAUUGUAGCUACUGUAAGAGCAUUAAAAGUUCACGGUGGUGGUCCAGAAGUCAAAGCUGGUUCCCCAUUACCGACUGAAUAUUUGAAUGAGAACUUAGAAUUAUUAGAAGCUGGGUGUGCAAAUUUGGCUAAGCAUAUUGCUAAUGCAAGACAGUACAACCUACCUGUCGUGGUUGCUAUCAACAAAAUGUCUUCUGAUACUGAUAGAGAACAUGAAAUAAUUAAAGAGCAAUCCUUAAAGGCCGGCGCUGUUGAUGCCAUCGUAUCAAACCACUGGGAAGAAGGUGGUCUUGGCGCUGUGGAUUUAGCACAUGGUAUAAUCAAGGCCACUCAGGAUUGCUCAAAUGAUCAAUUCAAGUUCUUAUACGAGCUAGAUACUGGUUUGUCUAUUGAAGACAAGCUUACAAAAAUUGCCCAAGACAUGUAUGGUGCAAAGGACAUUGAAUUAAGUGAAAUCGCUCAAAAAAAGAUCGAUUUGUAUACAUCUCAAGGAUUUGGUAACUUACCAAUAUGUAUUGCCAAGACUCAAUAUUCCUUAUCUCACGAUCCAGCAUUGAAGGGUGUUCCAAAUGGAUUCACAUUCCCAAUCAGGGAUGUUAGGAUUGCUAGUGGUGCACAAUAUCUUUAUGCAUUAGCUGCUGAAAUCCAAACCAUUCCUGGAUUACCAACUCAUUGUGGGUUUAUGAAUAUUGAAGUCAACGAAGAUGGUGAAAUCGAAGGUAUGUUUUAA